AAACAUCAAGAAGAUGAGACCUGACCUCAUCCGAGUGGCAGAAGUCGUGGGUGUGGCCAAGUGACCAGGACAUGCUCUACCUCCAAAUGGGGUUCGUCUAGGCCAUCCAGGCUCCUAAUUCCAGCCUCUUCUCCUUCCCCCAGAGCCCUCAGACCUCUCUCCCAGGUCCCAGGUGCUUUUCUGCCCCAAGGACAGCGGCAGGACCAGUAUGUAAAUGUCUGUGCAAAUCCCUGGUGUCAGGUUGCCAGCUCUCUGGGGAGGCAGAGCCAGCUCUGAGACCCCCACUUCCCAGCAAUGGGACCCCAGGGCAGGGCGGUCUGCUCCCUGCUCUUCCUGCUACGGGCCCUGGCUAACUCGGACUCGGACUUUUACCUGCCUGGGGAUUACCUCCUGGGGGGCCUUUUCACCCUCCAUGCCAACAUGAAGGGCAUCGUCCACCUCGACUACCUGCAGGUGCCCAAGUGCAAGGAGUAUGAGAUGAAGAUUCUGGGCUACAACCUCAUGCAGGCCAUGCGCUUCGCAGUGGAGGAGAUCAACAGUGCCAGCAGCCUGCUGCCCGGCGUGCAGCUGGGCUACGAGAUGGUGGAUAUCUGCUAUGUAUCCAACAACGUCCAGCCCGUGCUCUACUUCCUGUCCCAGGACGACUACUUCCUGCCCAUCCAGGAGGACUACACCCACUACAAGCCCCGCGUGGUGGCCGUCAUUGGACCUGACAACUCUGAUGCUGCCAUAGCUGUGGCCUACUUCCUCUCUCUCUUCCUCCUUCCACAGAUCACCUACAGCGCCAUCAGCAACGAGCUGGGUGACAAGCUGCGUUUCCCUGCGCUCCUGCGCACGGUAACCCGCGUGGAUCACCACAUCGAGGCCAUGGUGCAGCUGAUGGUGCACUUCCGCUGGAACUGGAUCAUCGUGCUGGGGAGCGGCGACGACUACGGCCGUGACAACAGCCAGCUGCUCCACCAGCGCCUGGCCCACCUUGACAUCUGCAUCGCUUUCCAGGAGACACUGCCCACGCCGCAGCCCAACCAGACGGUGACACAGUCGGAGCGCGAGAGCCUGGAGGCCAUCGUGGGCAAGCUGCGGCAGAGCACCGCGCGAGUUGUGGUCCUGUUCUCGCCGGAACUGGCCCUGUACAACUUCUUCCAAGAGGUGCUGCGCCAGAACUUAACGGACACCGUGUGGAUCGCUUCCGAGUCCUGGGCCAUCGACCCAGUCCUGCACAGCCUCACAGAGCUGCAGCGCACGGGCACCUUCCUGGGCAUCACCACCGCGAACGUGCACAUCCCAGGCUUCAGCGAGUUCCGGGUGCGCAGCUCCCAGGCCAGGGGGCCCGCACCCAACAGGACCACCCCGGGAGCCACCUGCAAUCAGGAGUGUGACACCUGUCUGAACGCCACCAAGUCUUUCAACAACAUCCUCAGGCUCUCAGGGGAGCGCGUGGUUUACAGCGUGUACUCCGCAGUCUACGCCGUGGCCCACGCGCUGCACAGCCUGCUGGGCUGCAAUCAGACCAGCUGCCGCAAGGAGGUGGUCUACCCUUGGCGGCUACUUCAGGAGGUCUGGAAGGUCAACUUCAGCCUUCUGGGCCACCAAAUCGUCUUCAACCAGCAAGGGGACCUGUCCAUGCAGCUGGAUGUCAUCCAGUGGCAGUGGGACCUGAGCCAGAACCCUUUCAAGAGCAUCGCCUCCUACGACCCAUCGCAGUGGAAGCUGAAGGACAUUGGUGACAUCUCCUGGCACACCCCCAACAACACGAUCCCUGUGUCCAGGUGUUCCAAGAGCUGCCAGCCUGGGCAAAAGAAGAAGCCAGUGGGCCUUCACCCCUGCUGCUUCGAGUGCAUUGACUGCCUCCCUGGCAGCUUCCUCAACCAAACUGCAGAUGAAUUUGAGUGCCAGCCCUGCCCAAAGUACGAGUGGUCGCACAGGAAUGACACCUCCUGCUUCAAGCGGAAGCUGAUCUUCCUUGAAUGGAACGAAGCACCCACCAUCAUUGUGGCCAUGCUGGCUGCCCUGGGCUUCCUCAGCACACUGGCCAUCUCGGUCAUCUUUUGGAGGCACUUUCAGACGCCCAUGGUUCGCUCGGCCGGGGGGCCCAUGUGCUUCCUGAUGCUGACGCCGCUGCUGUUGUCGUACAUGGUGAGCCCCGUGUACGUGGGGCCGCCCACGGUCUCCACGUGCUUCUGCCGCCAGGCCUUCUUCACACUCUGCUUCACUGUCUGCAUCUCCUGCAUCACCGUGCGCUCCUUCCAGAUCGUCUGUGUCUUCAAGAUGGCCAGCCGCCUCCCGCGUGCCUACAGCUACUGGGUCCGCUACCAAGGGCCCUACGUCUUUGUGGCGUCCAUCACGGUGCUCAAGUUGGUCAUCGUCGGGGGAAGCCUACUGACCACGACCACUACCCUCACCCACCUCAAUGACCCUGUUGACCCCAAGGUCAUGAUCCUGUCCUGCAACCCCAACUACCACCAGAUACUGCUGACCAACACCAGCCUGGACCUGCUCCUCUCCGUGCUGGGCUUCGGCUUUGCCUACGUGGGCAAGGAGCUGCCCACCAACUACAACGAGGCCAAGUUCAUCACCUUGUGCAUGACCUUCUACUUCAUCUCCUCUGUCUCCCUCUGCACCUUCAUGUCCGUCUAUGAUGGGGUGCUGGUCACCAUCAUGGACUUCUUGGUCACUGUGCUCAACCUCCUGGGCAUCAGCCUGGGCUACUUUGGCCCCAAGUGCUACAUGAUCCUCUUCUACCCGGAGCGCAACACACAAGCCUAUUUCAACAGCGUGAUUCAGGGCUACACCAUGGGGAAGGACUAGCACUCCCGUUGUCUGCCCACUGGGAUGAGGACCUCAGUGUUGGGAGAUGAAGGCCAGGGGGUCUUGCUUGCUCAACUCCAGAUCGAUGCAGGGAAGCCACUCUUGACUCUUACCCCUUUGUCCUGGUCUCUGAUUUGACAUCCCUCUGAGGUUCUUGGCAUCCUGGUCAUCUUUACCCACCUAGUGAUGGAUGCCUAUUUCCAUUUUGUUCCUUUCCAUCGAGCUUUUUAGCUUGCCAGGCACUGUCACCCCAUUCUAGAAAAG